AUGAUCAUCAAGUAUAAUAGUGUUUGGAUACCUCUUAAUAUCAUUUUGGAAAAUUGUAUAUUUGCAAAUGUCUUGAUAGGAGAAGCGAUUAAUUAUGUGAGAGGAACGUUUGCUGAGUAUUUCAUUGUUGAGAAUUCGAUAUUUGUUUCUAAUGUAUUGAAAAAUUCACUCAAAAUAAGUUUCACCAAUCAGGUGAAUAUUCUAAGAUCGUCAAUAUAUGUAACUUUUGGUAUUCUGCAUGGAAAUAAUGUGAAUAUUGAGGGGAGUAUACUUGGAAUGAUGACAGUAGUUUCAACUUUCAAAUCAUUAUCCAUUUCCAAUUCGAAACUUGUAAGAAUUUCAAUGAGUUUUGUUGAGGAUGCUAAUUUUUCAAACGUUGAAUUACAAGAUUCAGUUUUGACUAAAGAUGUGAAUAUCAUUAUUGGAUAUAAUGGAAAGAAGUGGAGUUUUACAAAUAUUACAACAAACAAAGGUCAGAAUUUGUUUCAAUUUGACAUUCUUGAAAGUUUGUCAAUUAAGGGAUUAACUUUUGCAUCUAGUUCAUAUUCAGGUAAUGAAAAAUAUCUAAUGAAAUGUACUAAUUGUUACGCAAUGGAAAUAACAACCUCCUCUUUCCCAAAAGGGGUUGGUUCAAUAGAAAUUUCAAGCUAUUCCAACAUUAAUUUAUGGCAAUGCAAUUUUUACAAUAAUAGACCACUCAUAAUUGGAUCCGUGUUGUCAAUAGAAAGCACUCAGAGUGUGAUUUUUAUUGGUUCCUCAAAUUUUAUUGGAUCUAAAGCAUUGUAUGGUCCUCUCUAUAUUGAAACUUGUUCAAUUUUCCAAGUUUUCAAUUGUACAUUCAGAGAUAAUGUUGCCUUACUAUCAGGAGGAGCUAUUUAUAUAGGAAAUAUUCAAUUUUCGAGCACUAUACGUGAUUCUUCAUUCAUUAAUAAUAGAGUUGAGUGUGUUGAUAAUAUUCCAAAUCUUGAAAUAUGCUCUGGAGGUGCAAUUUCAGUCAAAAAUAGUAAUAGCUAUACUGAUAAUACCUAUUUUUCAUUUGAAAAAUCAUAUUUUGCAAAUAAUUAUGCAAUGAGAGGUGGUGUUUUCUAUUUUGGAGAGAAGAGAUCCAAGAUUGACAUGAUAAGUUCAGUAUUCAAUAGUAACACAGCUAAAUUGAAAGGAUCUAUUGGGUUUUUCAAUUACGAUAAGAAUCUAUUGACAUUAAGUGACACCACCAUUUCGGAAAAUGAGAUUGCUGAAAGAGUGUACCUGAAAACAGUUUCUGUUAUUGGAGCUUCUAAACAAGAUGAAUUUUUCGAGUUGGUCAUUGGAAAAAGUUACUUUUUGAAUUUUAGUGGAAUUGAUGGGAAAGGAGAAAUCAAUAAUAGAGUGCAAGAUUUGUUGAAUAUCACAUCAUUAGACCAAAGGGUUGCUAUUACAGUGGAUCAAACUAUGGAUUCAGUUUCCUUCAAAGUCUUCUUUAUUCUCAAAUCAAAUGAUAAUUUAACAAUGAUUGGAUAUAAUGAUAGCUUGACAGUUAAAACUUCGUCUGACGUUCUCUCUUUACCUGUAUUAAUCAAAACAUGUGAUGAAGGAUAUUAUUUAGAGAAGAUAAUCACAGAAAAAUCAGAUGUAUUCCUAUACGACUGUAGAUUGCUUCCAGAAGUCCCGUAUGGAACAUUUGCUAUCAUCAUCAUUGGAUGCUCUCUCUUUCUAUUCGCAUUAGGAAUAGCAUUAGGUUUUGGAAUAUUCUUUGUGUGGAAAAUUGUAAAGAAAUUGAGAAAACUGAAAAGUAAGGAGAAGGCAGAGAAACAAAUUGAAGAAAAACUUUUAGACAAGCGACUUAUUUUCAAUAUGAAUGACGAGGAGGAUGAAUAUUAUGAGGGCUCCACACCAAAUAUUGAAAGAAGCAAAUCAUCUUAUGGGAAAGUAUCUGAAAAGGAGUUAGUUUCUUCAUUGAUUGACAGUGAAAAGAAGAAAUCAAAACAUUCUUUCA